ACAAAAAGUACAGACAUACUGUGACAGGGUAUUUUCUCUUGUUACACUCAGUGCUGUUCUCCAGCACAUGCUGUGUUAAUAGUGCAUGUUUUCUCAGCAUGUUUUCGCACAGACAGACAAGCCUUGACAGACUUCUACAAUCACCGUAAGGCUCUCUGAAACGGACUGUUGAAUUUGACGGAUCAGAGUGAGAAGAGGAAUCCUUGCCUGAGGAGAGAAGAUUCAAGGUCAGAGGGAGCUACAACCAUCUCCAAGACAAAGGAUUUAACUUUGUGCUGCCUACCUAGAAACAUCUUUAACACUUCUCCUUUCUAUUGCUGUAAUAUUGCACAAAGUAAUACUACUACUUUGACAGCAACUUCUCUUGCUACUGUGAAAGUAGGACAGAUUCAAGCACUUUCAUGUCCAGCCAACAAAAUAUGUCGACAAAUUCAUCAAUUGACCACUGCAAAGGGCCAAACGAAGUCACAUAUCAAAUCCUCUCCUAUCUGAUGAUAGGAGAAUUCGUGCUGGGUCUGCCUCUCAACCUGUCUGUCCUCUACGUCUUCGUCUUCAGGUUCAAGUUCUGGAAGAACAAAAGCAUCUUCCUGUUCAACAUUGUGGUUGCUGAUUUUUUGCUGGUGGCCUGUCUUCCUGUCAAGAUCCACCAUUACCAGCACAACUUGAGGCGCAGCGAGGAUGAUGUGGUUUGUAAAACCAUGCUUUUCAUGCUGUUUCUCAACCGAGGAGCCAGUAUAGCCUUCCUCAUCAUCCUGUCCCUCGAUCGCUACUUCAACGUGGUCCAUCUUGGAAGGAGAAAUUGUGUCAAAGUGUUGAAGAAAUCUCCCCAGAUUUCUGUUUUCGUCUGGCUCCUGUUGCUUCCCCUCACCGUCCCCACAAUGGUCAAGACCUUUGAGUGCUGCAACAGCCACGGCCGACAAGUGGAGACGAAGUAUCACGAUGUGACAGACACCUUUAGAGAGGUGGUCUUCUUCACCCAGAUCUUUAUCCCCUUCAUCAUCCUUGUCUACUGCACCGUACGCAUUGUCAACCGGCUGAGGAAGAAAACAGUCGGGGAGAAGACCAAACUAAGGAGAGCUGUGUGGGUGGUCAUGUCGGUUGUUGUUGUCUUCUCCACCUGCUUCCUGCCUUGCGCUAUAGCCAGAGCCGUGCUGCUCGGCGUCCGGCUGAAAGACUUGAAGGAAGCGGAGGACAUAGCGGUUCAGGUGUACGACAGCCUCAUGGUUUUGUCUUACACUGACUGCCUGCUGGACCCGUUGGUGUACUGCUUCUGUAACUCAGGGUUCAAAGACGCUUACAUAUCCACCUUCUGUCCUACAUUUCUUCAGAAGAAACUGAUAACCUCUGAAUCUGGGAUGGGGGCAACUACUACAACUUCUGGAGUUAGAACUCUUACAUUGCCAAUAAUAGAGAAAUGAUUGUUUUUUCUGAUGAAUUGUGAUCCUAUCUCCAUGGCAGCACAGGCAUUUUAUUUACCAUUACAUAUCAGUGUUAAGACCAGUGAUCCACCCCGCAGUAGGUUUUUAGCUACUCUGACAGAUUAUUCUCUGAAAAAGCAGAGAAAAGCCAUGCUGACAUUUUAAGGUCAUCAAAUGCCCUUUGUUAGAAGGUGGCUAACACACUUUAUGUGGUGAGUACGUCCACCAGAAUGCAGGCCAUAGACCGUCACAGUUUAACAUUAUUAUUCAGAUGCAUUUCAUCUUUUUUCACUGUGUUUGAAAAGAUGAAUUUGUGGUUUUCCUGUAUGAAUAAUCUGCAGAAUUAUUUCUCAUUGCAAUUAUACAUUAAAGAACAGAUCAGUGUCAAAUGCAUAUUGACAUAGUCUCAGUCAUAUGUCAUUAGAUUAUCAUCCUGUAAAUAAAUAGCCACAUCACAACCUGCACACGUACAUGCCAUCCUAUGAAGAUAGUUGCUCAGCCAAAACAUUACAAACACAAAUCUAGAGAGCAUUUAAGUGGAAAAACAGGUUCACUUCUAAAGCUGAGAGCCUGUAUGACUGGUGCACUCGCAUGGCUUCUUAUUAUGUAGAUGUUUCCUGAUCGAAUGCAAAAUUCAGCAUAAAAAUCAUUAUUAGAUUAGCUUAUUAGAAAAGUAAACAAUGUGUUGGAUGUUAAUGUACAUGUCAACUGCCUACUUUAAAUAGUAGAAUUUAAACUGAUAUUUUAUAUCAAUAUUUACUUGAAUAUAUUGAAGAUUUCUUUAUUUAUUAGGAUCUCUAAUAGGAUCCGAGAUGACGGGGCAUUUUUUUUUUUUUGUGAUUGCAUAUGUUGGCCUUGCAAUAAGUACAGAGUUAUCAGAAGUAUAGCAUAGAAAGCACAACAUACUCUCAUUUACAGGACACUCUGUAUCGUUAACCAUCAUGUUCAUCCUCUAUACCUCGAACCAGAUGGAACCGUCCAUAUUUGGGUUCACAGUCAGAAAAUAUUGUGAACUCCACCAUGUGUUCGGAUAUUGUGCCAAAAUGCACACUUACAUGUCAGUAUCUUACAGCUGCUUCAUGUAUCUUGAGGAAGUCACUUAUUUCUGUGGUCUCACUUGCUCUACUUGUCUACAACUCAUGUCUCUGUCUCUCUGCUCAUGUUGUUGAAUGUUGUAAACGAGUAUUAUGGUGUUCAAAAUUUACGUUACAACCACCACUACAAAAAUGUCAAAUCUUAGUGGACAACAAAAACCUGGAAAGCUGUAUUAAAACUCCCUCACUGAAACUGUGUACAUUUUUUGUGACGUUGAUUAUCCAAACUGAAUUAUUUGUAGAAGACUGUAAUGCUGACUGAAGAUCUUUGUAUACUGCUGCAGUAAAUACACAGAAAA